AUGCUGAUCCACGAAUCGCAUAUCGACGUCCGCACGUCCGCCAACGGCAAGGACAGCACCAUGCUCACCGGUCCCGUCGCGCGCUUCGCCCGCCAGAUUGCCGGCCAUGGGUACAUUGUCGCCGCGCCGUCCUCCUACCACGACUUUGUCGGUCCCGAGCCCCUCCAGUACGACGCUGCCGACACAGACCGCGGCAACCAGUUCAAGAAGGACAAGACACUGGCGUCGUAUGACGCAGACGCGCGUGCUACCAUCGACCACCUCCUCUCCUUACAAACUUGCACAGGCCGGGUCGGCACCACAGGCAUGUGUCUCGGCGGCCACCUCGCCGUCCGUGCCGCUCUCGAUACCCGCAUCUCCGCCUGCGUCUCCUACUUCGCCACCGAUAUCCAAUCCCGCACCCUCGGCCCCCACGCAGCCGCCGACACGUCCCCGUCGCCACCCCCCAGCUCGGCCCACACACUCGAUCUAUUUCCCUCCCUCAAGGGCGAGCUCGCCAUGAUUUUCGGCAUCCAGGAUACUCACGUCCCCGACGCCGGCCGUGACCUUAUCCGCGCUAAGCUGCGUGACGCCGCCGUCGUCUUCAGCUUCCACGAGUUUGCUGGUGCACAGCACGCCUUCAUCCGGGACGAAUUGAGCAAGGGCCGCUAUGACCCAGCCGUGACCAAGGUUUGCUUCGAGGUCUUGCUCGAACUGUUUGGGCGAGUGCUCCGAACGGACCUUGGAAGCAAAGACCCAGCUGUGGCCCCUCCGGAGCAUGUCUGCUAG